AUGUCAGCGUGUAGACCCUCUCAUCAUAAACCGGGUAAACAUGAGGUCGCCGUGGUGGUGGUGGUGGAUCCAGAACACCAUGAGCAAACUGCUGAGCUGGACCCUGCUGCAGUGGAACCUGUGGAAGGGGAACCUUCUGAACGGGAUCCUGAUGAUCAUGCUGAGCGGGAAUCUACUGAUCCUGUUGGACCUGAGCCGGUGGAGCUUGCUGAACCCGAAUCUGCGGACCCUGCUGCACCUGAACCUGAGGAGCCUGCUGAACUGCAGCCAUCUGACGAGCAACCUCCUAAGCAGCUACUCGGGCAGCCUCCUGAGCGGCCUGCCUGGCUGCCUCCUGGGCAAUCUGCUGAACUACCUCCUGAGCAGCCUUCCUAG